AGGGCUGGCUGCCUUGGGGCAGAGAGAGAUGUUAGAGCUGAGCAAGAUGCAGGGCUGCACGGUGGGGAGCAGGGUUCCUCUGGGCCUGAUUCUUCUGAUCGGUCUUCAUCUUCCAGGCUUCUUUGCCCGAAGCAUUGGUGCAGUGGAGGAGAAAGUUCUCCAACACUUGGGAACCAACUUGCAUCUGCUUGAACAACCUUCCUUGCCCAGCCACUCCAACUCCGAACUUCCUCAGCCCAAACCAGACCCUGGGCCAAAUGAUUUAACAAGGGUUCCUUUGAAGUCCAAUGCUUCUCCAUUAGCUGGCUUCCAACCUGCAGGUGGUUCUGGGGUUCAGAGAUGGCCCCCAACUGGGGGGCUACCCUCCAUGGAUUCCUGGUCCUCUGAAGAUCCUUGGCAGAUAAUGGCUGCAGCCACUGAGGACCACGUGAGGGAAGCGCUGCCUGAAAAAUGGUCUUACCUUUCUGGUGUUGCCCUCCCUCUAGGCAGCAUUCCUUUGCCCACAGGGCUCUCUGCACGCUCCACAGGCCCCAAACCCAAGGCUUCACUCCUCUACCAGGAUUCCAAGUCUAGACGGUCACUUCAUUCUAAUGUGCUGGGAGCCCAGAGAGAAAUCCUUGUUCAACACCCACCCGCUCUUAACAGGAUUCGACAGCCAUUUCUGCCUGGGGACCCCUGGGGAACCUUGAAUCCAGGAGUGUCCUAGGGAGGUGGAGGUCCUGGAACUGGAUGGGGAACAAGGCCCAUGCCACAGCCUGUGGGAAUCUGGGGUAUCGAUAAUCAACACCCAAGUAUUAGCUGUGGGGAUAUUAACCAGUUUCCAGGAGGCAGCUGGGGGAAUAUUAACCGGUAUCCAGGUACCAGCUGGGGGGAUAUUAACCCAUAUCCAGGAGGCAGCUGGGGGAAUAUCCACCUACGCCCAGGUAUUAAUAAUCAGUUUCCUCCCAGAGUUCUCCAUCCUACUGGCUCUUCUUGGAAUAUUCCAGCUGGCUUUCCCAAUCCCCCAAACCCUGGGUUACAGUGGGGUUAGGAGAAUGAAGGAGGGGAAAACCCUAAGUUGGAAAUUGAAAGAAUGCAGUGUGAGCUAAAUGAAGAUUCAGUGAGUGUGUUUUCUAGCAUUCUCUUUACUUUUCACUGCCUCUCCUGCUUCCC